AUGCAGCCGAAGACCGUGCGGCUUUACUAUAAGAAGAUGUCCAAUAUUAAAGCACUCCGUGAUAUCGAUACCCAGGAAGCUCCAGAUGAUUUCUUAAACGUUAUAAAUCGGUGGACCCUCGAGUCAGUCUCUGUGGUGGCUCUGGACAAGCAGUUGGGACUGCUCAAAGAGUCGGGCGAUAACGACCAGGCUGUGUUACUUUUCAAGUACCUGGACGAUUUUUUUGAAUUAACAGCCGAUCUGGAGAUGAAGCCCUCCAUCUGGCGUUACGUUAAAACACCCAAGCUAAUGAAGAUAAUGAAGUCCCUAGAUGGCGUUCAAGAAAUAACUUCAGCGUAUGUAGACGAAGCUAUAGAGCGUCUAGAGAAAGAGGCCAAGGAGGGUGUUGUCCGCCCUGAGAGCGAGCAGAGUGUACUGGAAAAGCUGCUCAAGAUCGACAAAAAGGUGGCGACGGUUAUGGCCAUGGACAUGCUAAUGGCCGGAGUGGAUACCACCUCAAGUACCUUUACAGCGGCCUUGCUGUGCCUUGCCAAGAAUCCGCAGAAGCAGGCCGUACUCCGAGAAGAGGUGAUGAAGGUUCUACCCGAGAAGGACUCCGAAUUCACUGAGGCAUCGAUGAAGAACGUUCCCUAUCUACGUGCCUGCAUCAAAGAGUCACAACGGAUCUAUCCUUUGGUCAUCGGCAAUGGCCGAUUUCUCAAUCGGGACAGCGUUUUGAGCGGAUAUCAAGUGCCAGCUGGUACCUGUGUGUCGAUGGUUCCCCUGAGCUUGCUGUCAAGCGAGGAGCACCUCCCCAAGGCUGCUGAGUUCCUGCCAGAACGUUGGAUUCGUAACGCCACAGACUCCAACGGGCAAUGCCCGGCAAAUGACUUGAAGCUGAAGAAUCCGUUUGUGUUCUUGCCCUUCGGAUUUGGACCCCGGAUGUGCGUUGGAAAGCGCAUCGUGGACAUGGAGCUCGAGCUGGGCAUCGCUCGACUCAUUCGGAACUUUAGCAUCGAGUUCAAUCAUCCCACGGAGAACGCUUUCCGCUCCUCCCUGAUCAAUUUGCCCAACAAAGGUAUAACAUAG